AACGCUCGUGGUCGGUCAACAGAUACCUGCACCCCGUGACGUACGGUCUGCAGACGCUUUGCACGUCUGUACACGCCUCUAGAGAACCAAGUUUAUGCGCGUUACGUUCCCUCGUGUCGUAUCGUUUCGCGACGCAAUCGAACGUUUGUUUGAAUUUGAAUCAGAAAGGAGGAAGAGUUCCAUGUUGGAGAACGAGAGCGUAACAAACACAUCGUAGGAAGAAGCUAAACGCUCCGGAUUGAGACUCGAGUACCGUGCUGGGUGUGUCAUAAUGCGUGUCAUAAUUUUAGCCUUGAUAUGCGUAUUACUGCAAACGGUUGCGGCUCAACGUACUCCGACAAUAUCUUACAUAUCGCAGGAACAAAUUAAAGAUAUCGGGGAAACGGUGGAACUAUCGUGCUCCGUUCAGUAUGCCCAGGAAUAUCCUGUUUUGUGGAUAAAAGUUAAUAAAGAUAACAGAAAUGAGCAAGUGGCACUCUCUACUGGCACUGCGUUGAUAAUCAGAGACAGUAGAUUCGCCCUUAAAUAUGACAUAUCGACUACCACUUACGUUUUACAAAUUAAAGACAUACAAGAAACGGAUGCUGGAUUGUAUCAAUGUAGAAUACAAAUAACUGUAAGCAACCUCGUAAGCGCCGAAGUGGACUUACAAGUUCGUAGACCACCGAUAGUUAGCGACAACUCGACCCAAUCUCUGGUGGUCAGCGAGGGACAACCUGUCCAACUGGAAUGCUAUGCCAAUGGCUAUCCGCCGCCAAGGAUAUCGUGGCGUAGAGAAAACAAUGCUAUUUUACCAACCGGAGGAUCAAUCUAUCGUGGCAACACGUUAAAAAUAUCUUCUAUACGAAAAGAGGAUCGCGGAACGUAUUAUUGUAUCGCUGAGAACGGCGUUGGACGUGGUGCUAGACGUAAUAUUAACGUGGAGGUCGAAUUCGCGCCAGUAAUCACAGCUCCUAGGCCACGACUCGGACAAGCUUUGCAAUACGAUAUGGAUUUGGAGUGUCACGUAGAGGCAUAUCCUCCGCCAGCUAUCAUCUGGCUCAAAGACGACAUACAGUUGUCGAAUAAUCAGCAUUACAGCAUAUCACACUUUGCAACCGCGGAUGAAUAUACCGACACGACGAUUCGAGUUAUUACCAUAGAAAAGCGGCAAUAUGGAGAAUAUGUAUGUCGUGCAGCCAACAAAUUAGGCACUGCUGAAACGAAAGUCGAGCUUUUUGAAAUUUCUACGCCAAAUAUUAACUAUCCAGGCCUUCAAUGGGCAGCAGCAAAUCGAUGUGACUUAUUAAAAUGGCUCUAUGCAACUAUCAGCUUUAUUAUUGUCGCGAUAACGCUGUAAAACCAAAAUCUAAUGAGCCUCAAUUAUCGUUUUACUAACUUACUUUCUAUAUUUGUAUCAUGCAAUUAUUUUUAUAGUUAUUUACAAAGGAGAAAAAUGUAUCAUUAAGAAAAACGCGCAUAUCGUGACACGUUACGUCACCACAGUGCAGUUGUUGACAGAAAUUUAGUACCAUUAUUUACACAUUUCGGCUUUUUACAGUACUAUCGUUUUUUUAGAACAAAGUUUUUAUGUAUAUAUAGGUAUAUAUAUAUUUAAUAUGUGAUGUUCAUGUUAAAUUUGUACAGAAAGAAACGGUUUUGUUAAAGCAUCUAAAAAUUUAGCUAUAGAUCUAAAAAAAAAUUUUGUUGAAUCAUCAAAAUAAAAUAAUUGUACGUUACAUAUAUAGGAAACUCAAUCGUGAUGAAUAUGGCAAAAAAUUUUUGUCAUUCUUGCAGCUUGAUUGUCCUAUAUAAUUAUUUGAUAAAUAAUGAUAAUCCAACAAAAUUAUUUUCAGAUUUGUAGCUAGAAAAAUUUUUAAAUACUUUAGCAAAACCGUUUUCUUCUGUGUAGACUUUUUAAAAUUUUUACGACUGAUCUCUUUUUCUUCGUAUAAUAAAAAUACGCGUAAGAACACCGCUCAAAUUUUUACAUCGAAAUUUUAACUUUAUUUAAGUAAUAUUAAAACGUAAUCGAGGGUGCUCUAAUCGAGGAUGUUCCAAAAGGAAAUGAUAUGAUUCUCAUAAAUUUGUCAUGCUGAAAUGGUCUUUAUUGGCAUUUUAAUUAUUAGAAAAAGUAAUUCAUGUACUUUUACGAAUAUAGAUACCAACAAUAUACAAAUGUUGGAAAGAUACAAACUAACAUUCCAGUAUACAUUCAUGAUGACACACGGUGUUAUGUAACGCGGCAUAUAGACAGACAGACAGACAGUAUAAGAAGAACUUCUUGGCUUCGGUACAACUGAUAGACAAUGGAGAAGUAAAACAUAAUAAUAAUGUUACGAAAUAUAUUAUCUUACUUUUAUAGUUAUUAGUAGUUGCAAAUCGACAAUACGGAUUUGUAGAAUUAUCUAGCUAACCCCGUUAAUGAAAGAAUUUGGAAUGUCAUGAACAAAGAAAACAAUGUUGAUAUAUGUUAGUGCCUUGUUCGUGAUAUGAAAAGUGUAAUUUAUGUUUAAGAAUUAAAAUUAUACAUGUGUAUAAUGUAAAACACAUUACAUGUACGUGCAUUACUUGUACGUAUGUAAUAAUAAUUUAUGCGUUUUAUCAAACACGUACUAUUUUUAGCUAUUGCACAUUUAUAAUCGCGAUCUCUUUUAACAAGGCGUAUCACAUAGAUAUUAAACAACUUAAUAAGAGAAAAUAGGAAGUGGAAAUCUGAAUAGAAAGAAUCUCAGCAAGUUUUUAUAUAUUCUUUACAAGUUUUUCCAAUUUUAUACUUAUACUAAUAUUGUAAUUUGCAUUUGAAACUUGACACCAUGAUACUCGUAAUUAGGAAUGGGAAAUAACGUAUGUGUUACUUGUAACCCAUUCUUAUUCGUAAUAUUUAUAAUAACUGUAGUAUUUAUACACGUUGUGAACAAUUGUGUAUUGUCACAGAUAUACCGUGACUAUAAUAUCAGUGGCAAAGUUUUAUACAGGUACUCGUUUGUAUACUAUGAUAUCGCGCAUUUUAUUAAUUAAAACUCCAUGCAUUAUAUUCAACCAAAUGUAUGUAUGGAAUAAGCAAUAAAAUUUUAUAAAAACAAA